AAGUGACUUGCUACGUAGCUGGUUAAAGGUAGCACCUUUAUAUUUAUACUCCGUGAAUGACUCCUGUGAUCGAUUUUGUAUCUUGGCAUACCAUUCAAUAGUCUGAUCACACUAAGUUCUCUCCUCCGUUAUAAGAUUUGGGGCUCUAAGUUAUCCGCUUCAACUGGCGGAGGCGGCUCACCUCAUCACGAUGGUUUCUACUACGGCUCCAAUGGAGAAUGCCGGCGAAGGAUCUAGUAGAUCGACGAGCGCGAGGACCAUGACUCUCGGCGACGCUAUGAGGGCACCUUCCGCUAAUCCACCGGUCGUCGUUCUGGAUUCGAUGCACCGCGCUGGGGACAGAGAGGAAGUUAUAGACCCGAAAGAGGAUCUCUGGCUGACAUCAGCCGACGGACGAUUUAACUCUCCGAUUAUCCCUCUUCGGGUUGGUACCGCGCCGGACUGCCAGACAUUUUACGUUCAUAAGAGUGUCCUCAUAAAAGCAGAGUUCUUCAAGAAAGCGCUAUGCGGAGAGUUUAUGGAGUCAGAGGCUCAGGCCAUGGAGUUACCGGAAGAAGAUCCGGCAAUAUUCCAUUUCGUCGUGGCCUUUCUCUACGAGAACAAAUAUGUUCCAAUCAAGGCGGCGUCGACGGUGCUUAUCCCCGAUGAUACGGCAAACGCUCGAAGAGAAGACGAGCAGGCUGCUUCGGACUCCGAUUCUAGCGCGAGUAUUCUGAGCGAUUCUUCUACCGCGCGCAGCCUGAGACGACGAGAACGGAGACGAAGGCGAGAGAACCGCCACUGGGAAAGGGAGAGGCGAAAACAUCCCGGAACCCAUCGGCCGGGCUGCGGCUGUCGACAAUGUCUGACGAGAGGCGGUCCUCCCUGUUGGAAUUGCAUGGCACCCCGUAUUCCUCCGCCUCCGCCAGGUCCAAUGCCCGUCCACAUGCCCCCGGGAGUAGUGGUAAUGAACGUGGACCCUCCUCGCCGACGCGACAACCGGCGGCGACGUCCUAACCGUCAUCGACCACAAUCUCCAGGUCCAGCGGCGAACGACAACAGCAACAAUAACACCAGCACCAACAACAAUAACUCGAGCUCGAACAGCAACAACAACAGCAACAACAGCAGCAACGAAGAAAUCCGCAUCCAAGGCCAAGACCUACGAACCUGGCUCCUGACGUACGAGCUCAACAUCGACGUGUACAUCUGCGCGAACAAGUUCCUGCUCGACGACUUCAAGGCGGCGAUCGCGCGGUCCUGCAUCGACAUGCUGGAGACGGCGGGCGCGGACGCGGCGCAGGCCUCCGUCCUGCGCCUGUGCCGGAAGCUGUACGAGGGCCUGCCCGAGUCGGACCGCCUGCUCCGCAUGAUCUUCGCGCGCGUCGGCUUCCUCAACCCGCACCUCUGGCGCCGCGACCCCGACGCGACGGCGGCUUUCUUCCACGCCCACCCCGAGGUCGGCGCCCUCAUGUUCAAGGAGACCCUCGGCCGCCGCGAGGAGGAGCAUGGCGGCGGCGGCGGCGGUGGCGGCGCCGAGCUGCCUGCUAUGGAGAGGCCCGUGUUUGCGGUGGGCGGACCGCCGCCUCCGUUCCCGCCGAAUGAUCCGAGGGCUUUUAUGAGGGGGCAGAGGUGGAGGGGGGAUUUCUAUUGAGGGAGUUUGCUUGUGUGAGAGGGGAGGAAAGGGAAUAGGAUGGAACGAGCUAAUCUCAAAACACAGUGGAUCGCGUGCAAGUGUACGAUGGGCAGGGCUAUGGAUUAUUUGGGUGCGUCU